AACAUCAUGACAUGAUGUGAAGACUCAAGGGAGACAACUCUUAUAUUACGGGUGUUCAGAUCAAGGCAGCCCAUUGGCUGCAGAUAUAACAGUUGCCAUGGCAAACUCCACAAUGCUGACUAUAUACUCUCAAUACUCCAAGGAGAUUCAGUUCCACAAACUUCAGGACCCCACGGAGAUCUGGGGGCUGAGGGAGACCAUUGGAGAGGGGACGUAUGGAGAGGUGUUUGAGGGUUACAACAAACAAACAGGUUUGCCUGUGGCCAUCAAAGUGAUGGAAUCCGUCCAUGAAGUCAUAGAGGAGAUCGAGGAAGAGUAUGUGAUACUGCGGGACCUGGGGAACCACCCUAACAUGCCCAAGUUUCACGGCCUCUACCUGAAGUGUGACCCUAAGGGCGAGGAUCAAGUCUGGCUUGUCAUGGAGCUGUGUAACGGAGGCUCAGUGACUAACCUGGCUAAGCAGCUUCUGCAGAAGAGUGAGGCUCUAGAGGAGGUGAUCAUUGCUCACAUCAUCAAGGAAACUCUGCAGGCCCUGAAGCAUCUCCAUGACAACCGAGUGAUGCACCGAGAUGUCAAGGGUCAUAACAUUCUUUUGACCCCAGAGGGGGAGGUCAAACUCGUAGAUUUUGGAGUUUCAGGCCAUUUAGAAUCAGAGUCAGGAAAACGCCGCACAUCAGUUGGGACGCCGUUCUGGAUGGCGCCUGAGGUGAUAGCGUGUGAGCAGCAAGUUGACUACAGUUACGAUGUGCGAUGUGACAUCUGGUCUCUCGGCAUCACCGCCAUUGAGCUGGCAGAAGGAGAGCCACCAUUGGCUGAUCAACAUCCAAUGAGAGCACUCUUCAAAAUUCCAAGGAAUCCCUCCCCAACACUCAAAGACCCAGAUAAAUGGUCCAGCAAUUUCCAUGACUUUUUGGCAAAGUGCUUAGUGAAGGACUUUGAAAGCCGUCCUUUUUGUCAGCAGCUCUUGAACCAUCCAUUCUUCCUUCAAAUCCCUGAAGAUACAACACAGCUUAAAGCCAAAUUGAAGAGCCUUGUGGCGAACACAGAUCGCGUAAUACACCAACCUGACAUCACCUCUAAGCGGGGGAGGUUAAAGUCCCGGCGCAAGUCACGGAGGGAGGGUGUUCAGACGGCAGAAGAUCUGGCGUGUUUAGAGACUCUGGAUGAGGAAGCCAUAGUGACUCAGCUGUUUGGUCGCUACAUCCAGACACAGAUCUACACAUAUAUCGGGGACAUACUGCUGGCAGUCAACCCCUUCACACCCAUGACCAUCUACACUGAAGAGUACUCCAAGAAGUAUUGCAAUGCGGCCAAAAGCGACCAUCCCCCUCAUAUCUUUGCUGUGGCUGAUCAAGCUUACCAGAUGAUGAUGCACAACAAAAUAAACCAGUGUAUUGUCAUCAGUGGGGAGUCAGGAGCUGGGAAGACAGAAAGUGCAAAUCUGCUGGUACAACAGCUGACUCAACUGGGCAAGGCCCCAAACCGAACACUGGAAGACAAGAUCCUUCAGGUCAACCCCCUGAUGGAGGCGUUCGGAAAUGCCAAGACUGUGAUUAAUGACAACUCUAGCCGAUUUGGCAAAUACCUCGAGAUGAUCUUCACAACCAGCGGCAAAGUCAUAGGAGCCAAAAUAACGGAGUAUUUAUUGGAGAAGUCUCGGGUGAUCCACCAGGCUCGUGGGGAGCAGAACUUUCACAUAUUUUACUACCUCCAUGAUGGACUGGGUCAUGAUGACCGGGAGUCCAGGUAUCAUCUCAAAGACAGUAAUUACUACAGGUAUUUGGAUGGGUACCACACCCAGGUUCCUGACAUUUCUUCCAUCUCAGUGAACCGGGUCAAGUUUAAGGCCAUCCAGCACUGCUUUGAAAUCAUCGGAUUCAAGGCCCAGGACGUGGCAUCUGUGUACAGCAUUUUGUCCUCCAUCUUACACAUUGGUAACAUAGAGUUCAUGGCACAAGAACAACAGCAUUCCGGAGACUCCUGUACAGUCACCAACAUGUCACUUCUUGACAAUGUGUCUCAGCUGCUAGGAAUUGACCACAAGGAUUUCCUGGAGGCGUUGACGACAUCAGGCAUGGUAACGAGAGGGGAGAUAAUCAUCCGCAACAAUUCCGUACGAGAGGCGGUGAACGCGCGGGAUGCCAUGGCUAAGGCGCUGUACGGCCGUCUUUUCAGCUGGAUCGUCAACAAAAUCAACAUCCUGCUGAGACCGCAGAAACACCAGGAUAAAAAAGAGGAGGAUAGUUUAGUUGUGAGCCUUCUGGAUAUCUUUGGGUUUGAGAAUUUCCACCGGAACUCGUUUGAGCAGCUGUGUAUUAACAUUGCCAAUGAGCAGCUUCAGUACUACUUUAAUCAGCAUAUCUUUGCCUGGGAAAUGCAAGAGUACCUGAAUGAAGGCAUUGAUGGAAGUGUGAUCAAGUUUGUGGACAAUCGGCCUGUGCUGGACAUGUUCCUGGCCAAACCCAUGGGCCUCUUAGCCCUACUGGAUGAGGAGAGCAAUUUCCCAAGGGCGAGUGACCAGACGCUUGUUGACAAAUUCCAUCAGAACAUCAAGUCCUCCCACUAUAUCAGGCCAAAGGGAGACAACCUCAUCUUUUGCAUCAAUCACUACGCUGGCAAGGUUGCAUACAGCGGUUACGGGUUCCUGGAGAAGAAUCGUGACCGCUUUCCUGUGGAAAUUCUCAACUUGUUACGAAUGUCGGAAGUGCCUGUAGUCAGAACGCUGUUCCAGAACCCACUUACAAGGACAGGUAACCUUGCCUAUGGGAGCACUGGGUCAUCCAAGGGGUCAAGUUCAAGGUCAUCGGCAAUCAACUCUCCAGUCAGUGGAACCAAUACCCUAAACCUAUACACAAUGAAGAGUGCUUCAGGCAGUUUGGGAGGAAGCAGGAUCUACAAUAUGGUUUCUCAUAAAGGCCCAGGCCAAGUGAUAAAUAAAAUACAUCACCCCAGCUCCUCCAACACAUCCGUGUCUAGAGUACAGCAGACUGUGGCCACGUACUUCAGAAACUCACUCAUGGAUUUACUCUCUAAGAUGGUGGCUGGCUCACCACAUUUUGUCAGAUGCAUCAAGCCGAAUGAUGACAAAGAACCUGGACACUUUAACCCUGAGAAAGUCACCACUCAGCUGAGGUACACCGGCGUCUUGGAGACGACGAAGAUCCGCCGACAGGGCUACUCUCACAGGAUCGUCUUCUCAGAGUUCUUGAGCAGGUAUUAUUUUCUGGGAUUUGGAUUUGAACCUGUGCCGGACAUCUCAGCAGAAAACUGCCGUAUUCUUCUGGAGAAGUUGGGCCUGGAAAACUGGCAGCUUGGCAGGACAAAGGUUUUCCUUAAGUAUUAUCACAUAGAGGAACUGACCCGCAGGUAUGAAGAAUACCUGAAGAAGGUUGUCUUGGCGCAAGCCGUUGCACGGAAGUGGAUAGCCAUGCGGCGUUACGACCAGCUGAGAUGGAAAAGAGAAAAGAGUUCUGUGAUUGUGCAGAAAUGUGUUCGUGGUUGGCUGGUCCGCAAGGCUUACGCCCCAGUGUUAGCCCAAAGGCAACAAGCAGCAUUGCAGAUUCAAAAGACUUUCCGUGGACACCAGGCAAGGAAAACCUACAAACCUGUGAUAGAAAAGAGACAUCAGGCAGCUGUGAAGAUACAGUCUGUGGUCAGAGGUCACCGCACACGACAGGAGCUCAAACAGAAGCGGAUUGAGGAGGAGAAAGUGGCCAUGUUACUUCAGGAAGCAUUCAGAAAAAAGACGGCCAAACAGAGACAGUUGACUGAGCAGCGCCAUCGGUCCCGCGCAGCUACGAUCAUUCAGACAUAUUUCCGAAUGUAUAAAUGUCAGAAGCUGUAUCAGCAGCUACUCAAGUACAAGUCACAGAAAGAACUGCAGCUGAUAUACUUUGGCCAACAGGUUGAGAAGUAUAAUCAUGAUAUAUAUGAAGUCAUGGUGAGAAACAGUGCUCCGGUUCAACCCGACUUCAAAACCUCUCCGUCUAAAUCAAUGUCACGGCGCCGCGCGGAACAACAACAACAACAGCAGCCUAAACCUGACGUGGACGAGGCUAGAUUAACCCAGAUGAAGAAAAUGAGUGAGAUCAAAACUCUCCUGCCAGAAGCAGAGGCAGCCUACUAUGAUGGACUUAUGGCUAGGAAUGUAGAAUGGACAACAGAAAAUCCUCCGAAAUUAAAAGAUGUGAUGGAUGACAAAGACAAGAAGUAUUACGAUGAAAUAGUCCUGCAAUCAAAAGAAAGGCCAGUUGAAUUCACUUUGCAACAUGUACAAGGAACAGCGCCCUCUGGUGCCGGGUUAAGGAUGAAAUCAGAGGGAGAUAAGCCCAUAAUACCCCAGUUGGUUUUGGAGGAGGAACAAGACAGAAGCCUUUUAGCUAAAUCUGCAGCCCAGGCUAUUCUGGCAAACAAACCCCAGGAUGCCAGAGGGUUGUACCUUCCCAUCAUGCCCAAGAGCGAAAGUUUCUCGAAUCUGCCAUGGGAUGCACCGCUGGAAUCUGCGCGCCAGCAGACACUAGGAAACGCCGAACAAGGCGAAUCAAGUGAGUCAAGGUCAAGGUCAAAGGGGAAAUCAAAGAGCCGUCGUCACGUGGAGCGCAUCGAGAACAGUUGUCAAACGGAUGAAAAAAUAACCCUCCUUUAUUUACCUCCCCUUCAAAAGCUUCCUCCAAAAUUUGUUAGUCAAGUGCCAGUGACCUCCCCUGCUCUAAAGGAUCAACGAACUGAGUCAAGUAAUGGAGCCACUGUAGUUCCAGUUAAUGGGUAUCACAAAAUAGAGGAGGAUCCGAAAACCGAACGUUCUGAAAUGUUAGGGGAACUCGAAAUGGAGGAUUUAAAGGCGCAGCUUGAGGAAGAGACGGCCCGAUCAGUUGUGGCACUUUGGCAGAGGAGAACGAAAGGGAAGAAAGACAACAGUUUUAGACAUCAGCCACAGGAUAGUGUCUCUCAAGGGAAUUCACUGGACCUGUUUGUUAGCCGUGUGGAUGUUGAAAACUCUGACUCUUUGUCACCUGUGUCAGUGCCUGAGGAGGAAAACCAAAGCCCUUCUUUCCCGCCAAAGUUUGCCCGCUACCAAGCAGUGCUCAAACCUCAGCUGGUUCAAGACUCUGAAGAUGGACAAGCCGUUUUUAAUUUCCGUGCUCAGCUGCGCCGAACGAACAUUGAUUGGUCAAAAACAAUUCGUCGAAAUCGAGAGCCCUCCCCUGAACAGGUCGAUUUUCGACAUGUUUUGAAACACAAGACUGGGAUACUGAUUCCAACAGAUUAGUUCAUGAUCGCCACCUGUAUAUGUUAUUUUGUUGUUGUUGAUAAAGAUACAAAGUUGGACAUUUUUUUACAGUGUAAAUAGUAAUAACCUGAAUAUUGUUGUAAAUAACAGAUGGUCCCCAUCUGGAAAAUGGUACCCUCCCAGUGUCUCUUCAAUCAAGUAUGUAUGCCAGUAUUUAAAUUGUCUCUUUAUUUGAGGAAAGAGUUUUAAAAACUACAGCUUGUUCUGGUGGGAGUGUUUCAGGUCUGAUUUUCAAAUAAAAUACACUGACUGACUUAAAUACAGAUAGGUUGGUUAUGUUCAUAUAUUGACAGGGAUAUAAGACAUCAUGUACAUUACGAACGCCUAUGUAUCGCCUUGCCUUUACUAACAUUUACCCCCCAAUAUGCCCAAAGAGAAUCAUAUUUGGUACAUUUACAUUGUCAUAGCAGUGCAUAUAGCAUUUGUGCUAAUGAGAUAGGGGCAUUGGUGUGUGAGCAUCUUUUAGCAAUAAGUAUUUUUAAAUCGGGCUGAAAACAUUUAUAUAAAAAAAAAAAAACAUUCUCUCCAAAUGUUUCCUUUUCAGGAAACGCCAUGAUUUUGACCACCUCUCCACUAAUAAUACAAGAACAAACAAUAUCUCUAUUAUACUAUGUCUGUAGUACAGUCAAGGCUAAUUGAGUUUAAAUUUUGACUUGAUGCUGAAGCUGAGGUUAACAAAAAAGAAAGGUCCGGAUUACAUGGAGUUGUGGGGUGAAAUUUGUAUGUGGAGUUAUUAUUGAAUGAAAAUCAAAAUAGAUAAAUUUACAUCUGCUGUCGUAAUAAAGGUCAAUGGCAAAUAGUCUUAAUCUGUAAUAAUAGAAAAUUGACAUGUUGAAAACAAAACUUGGUGGAUGCUCAACAUCCUGGCAGUUACGUUAUUUUAUACUACAUCUGAGAAUGUGUGGAACAUGAUUUCUAUGGAGCUCUUUCAGAGGUGAAAGUUACAUUUUUUCUUCUACAAUCCUGAGAAGUGUUCAUGUGGGCUUCACAACAUAGCCAUUUAUUCUUCAAACAUGUAUUCACAUGAAAUAAUUCCUUGCCAAAAUUCUACCACAAGAGAAUGAUUUUGAGGUGACCAGUCUGUAGUAAAUUGUUUUCAUUGUGAAGCUCCCUUUUGCAGAUUAAAUAUGAAAUUUAUUAUUUUAGUGGAUGUCAAAUUUUGCUCGAUUCUGAGAGAAAAAAGUCUUUUGAGCUUUGCUUGGAAGGUAAGAUGAUAUUCUACUGGAAAAAAACUUAAUUUUUAACUACAAAUGUAAC